AUGUUCUGUUCCAGCACAUCAGCCGUUUCCAACGUCGAUUUUGGUCCGUUAAAAUAUUUGGUUUUGAGUGAUUUUGCUUUUAGAUAUGGACUCUCGAAAACUGAAAGAAGGUGAUGUCUUGAAGUACAAAACAGGAUUUUUGGGCAGUAAGUGGAAAAAGUUCCACUUGGUGCUUUUCAGCGAUUCCAUGCUGUGUUGGUACGAUGAGAGGGUUUCUUAAAAAGCUUCAUAUUGUGGAUGGAAAAGAAGUUUUAGGGCGACAGGAAGCCCAAAGGAAGCAUUUUGCUGAAAGACGUUGUUCCAUACAUUUGCGUGGGACUCAUGACCGACCGCAUGCCGAGUGGGCUUUUUUGUUUUUUGAAUUUAGACUUCUAUAAAGUCGAAGAGUCUACAAGAAAAAAAAAGGUUAUGAUGAAAAUCAACCCAUCGUUUUCAGUCGAUCGUUUUCGCAUAAAAGGAAUGGAAAAACUGCAAAAUAAAGUUUAAUUGUAGAAUGAUUCAAAAUACUGAACAGAAGUUUUUUGCAAAAUUAUUUGUAUUGAUAUAAUAAGAAUGAAAGGAAAAUUUAGGCUCUUUCAUACUAUUGAAGUAUACUUUGCAGCCAAGCGGCCUCAGUGUCCCGAAGGCCAUUCGGUGCAUCAUUUGGUCGGUGUCGGAAUGGAUCCGAGAGCCGAAACCGUUCAUUGGUUUCAGUUCUCGUCUGACUCGGAGCUUGAGUAGUCAAAUUCUGCCUGCAUCUUUCUAUACGAGGUUUUUGCAGGUCUUGGAUUGUUGAGAUCACCAAAACGUUACCUAAGCCGAAUCCGCCGCCUGGACCUCCAGCUGGAGGAUCGCCGCAGUCUCAGUCUGGUGGUUAUAGUAAGUGUUUCUGAGUAUGAAUGUAUAGAAAAACGUUCAAGUUCCUCCACCAAAGUAUCCGGACGCACCUCCUCCAGUCCAACCGGCUGGAGGAGGUGGCUAUCGACCUAGUACCGGAGGCAGCGGACCUCCACCUUACGCAGGUGAGACUUGUCAAAAUUAUUAAAUGGGGAAUGCCUUCGAGGUUAAUACGUAGUUAUGGAGCCACAAAGUUGUUCUCACAGGAGUUACCUCAAGAAGAGAAUCGAACAUUACGUUGAUCAUUACCAGGUGGCUAUCCGCAGCAACAAUACGGUGGGGGCGGCGGCUACAGUCCAGCUCCGCCACAGCACACGACGGUCAUUGUAAGAGACGGUGUGUUUUUCUUCUUAAUUGGAAAAUAAUCUUGAUUUCAGGAGGUGGAGGCUAUGGCGGUUACGGCGGUGGUUACGGUGGCGGCAGUAGUCUUGGAGGUAUGGGACUCGGAUUGGGGGGAGGUCUUCUUGCUGGUUCAUUGCUCGGCUAUGGACUCGGCUCUAUGUGGGGCGGACAUCACUCUUAUUUUCCGUCUUAUGGUGGAUUCGGCGGCGGCUACGGUAUGGGCGGAGGCUACUAUUCGGUUAGUGAUCACGCAAAUCAUUUAAUUUUGCAAAUUUACGUCAAGGACAAUGACACGAACGUCACCAAUAACUACUACAACUAUGGCGGCGGCGGGGAAGGAGCCGCGACGCAUGACGCGACGCACACUCCAGGAGACGCUAAUUUGGUAAAUAAUUUCGAUUUCUGACGUCGUGGCAAGCUCGGGUGCAGGAUGAGAUCGACGAUGGAAGAAUUGAAGAUGCUGAGACAGGGGAUGAUGGGACCUAUGGCAUUGGGGACUUAAGUGUGGAAGACAAUGCUUACGGAGCCGCCGAGGAAGUUCCACAGGAUGAUGUGAAUCCUUUUGUUGUGCAAUAUUGUGUGCUUGUAAAAAAAGAUCAGAAGCUUAAUCGAGUUGAGUGAUGAGUUUCGAGCCUUAAUAACAAAGAGCUAUUAGUUGGGUUUGAGCAUGGUGUUGCUAGAUUCGGCUGUGACUUCAAAAAAGCUUUUUGUUUUUGAGUGGCAUCUCGAUGCAUUUUCCUUUCGAUAAACAGUGAGUUUGCAGGGCAACGACAGCUUCAACCAAGACAACAGCGGCUACGGUACUUUAGACACGUGUGAACCCAUUUCAAAUGACGAAGUUGACAGACUACGGCAACGCUAACGAAGGAGGGGACGACUAUGGAGUCGGAGGACUUGACUACGGCAAUGCUGGCGAUUUCGGUGGUGGCGAUUUCGGGGGCGGCGAUUUUGGUGGCGGCGACUUCGGUGGCGGCGACUUCGGUGGUGGCGACUAUGGAUAA